GGUUGAACCUAUUGGACGGGUUUAUUUGAGGAAGCGGCGGCAGCACAGAGGCGUGCUCACACUGAGACCAUGGCAGCCCCAGACCCCGGUCCUCUCACCACUCAUGUCCUGAACACCUGUGACGGCGUCCCGGCGUCUCAGGUGUCUGUGAGUUUCCACCGGCUGGAGGACAAGAUGAUGAUCUGGAGCCUGCUGAGCGUCGGGACUACAAACAAAGAUGGCCGCUGCUCAGGACUCAUUGGCCGGGAGGCGUUCGGCCCCGGGACGUACAAGCUACGCUUUGAGACCGGAUCAUACUGGGAGGCACGGGGACACGCCCCCUUCUACCCCUAUGUCGAGGUGGUGUUCUCCAUCUCUGAGCCUCUCCAGAAGUUCCAUCUUCCUCUGCUGAUGAGCCGCUUCUCCUACAGCACCUACAGAGGGAGCUGAGCCGCCAGGGCCGGAUGUUGUUGUUGUUGUGUUCCACCUUUUGUUUAUUGUUUUUGUUGUUUAAACUUCACGGGACCGUUUAAACUUCAUCGUCAGUAAUUUAACUGAAUUUUACCUGGUGACAGAUAUUGAAUUUGGUUCCUGUCCUGUGUAUUAAUAUCCGUAUUAAUCUGUGUAUUAUCUGUAUUACUGUAUUCAUCUGUGUAUUAACCUCUGUAUUAUGCGCUUGAGCAGCCGAAAUCAUUAGACAACUCUUUUUUUUAAACGUUUGAUUAGUUUUAUUAAAUGUUUCUGGUUCUUUUCUGUCUUUUAUCAUCGUAAAUAAAUAAUUAUGUGAGUU